UUUCUUCUUACUAUCGAAUCCUAUCUACUGUAUUCCCCGUAAAGCAUAUAUAAGGGGUAUCCUUUAUGAAGAAUAGUAAAAAAAAAAAAAGAAAAAAAAAAAAAAACAAGAAAGAAGAACGCCUUUAAAACUUAACCGAAUAACAUCGUCCGUCUAAUCGCGAAAAAAGAUAUUAACAAGCGUAAUUCGCGUUAUACAACAAACGAUUACGAAGUCGAAGAAAUGAGGCACGUCACAGAAAAAGAAAAUGAGAACUCAUGUCACGAACGUCAUUUACAAACAUUCACUCAAACUCCCUAACGUUCUUGCACAACGUUCGGUCCCGGCUUAGAAAAGGGCUUGAAUUUCGUAAUGUCAAAUGAAAAAAAUUGUAAAUCGUCGUCAAUGUUGUAAUCAUUAAAAUAUUGAAAGAUGUUACCUUGACGGAUAAACUAAUUGCAUUAUCUCUAAAUUAAAUUAGUUUUUCAGCCAGAAUCGUAAGCGUAAUCACGACACGAUGGGUUACAAUUGUAUUAUAAUAACGUUUCGAUCGGCGAAUUAGGUUUCCUGUCUUCUCGACGCGUAUCCAUCUUGUAUUCUGGAUCGUGGAGAGAUUCUAAAUUGCAAGACGAUUCUCGUUGGCACAUCGGCACAUCGCAGGGAAUAGAUACGAAGGAGAAAGUGGUAGCUAGAGGCGUCAUCGUUCGAGUAUUUGGCUGUUGUACGAACGGUACGAAAAAAAAAAAAAUGAAAAGAAAAAGGAAAAGAAAAAGAGAAGAGAGAAAAAUAAAAGAAAGGAGAAAGAAAAAAAAAAGAACUGUCGAUUUCUACGAGAAGACGACAAGACGAUUUGAGAAACUCUCACGGAGAUACAACGUUGUUAUCCAUUAUCUUUUAGAAGCUUAGCUAUGUAUUCCAAUAUAAUAUAGUACGUACAGGCACAUGGAUAUUUGCAAAUACUUGCUCGAAUGCAUACAACAACCGCUUUUAAAUGUGGACUUUAUCAAUUAAUGACCUCGCGGAUUUUGAAAUGGCCUUUCUCUCUUUCUCUUAAUGCAUUUUGUCGAGUCACACUCGACGAAAGGAGGUUUCAGCACUUUCGAUUUUCAAACGUAUUUGAUCGAUAUCAAUUGGAAAAUAAUUUUCGCUGGUCGCAAAUCCGACGACUCGCAUAUUUUUUACAAGCGGGCAACAGUGCAGACUGUUGGCAAAGCUUGCGAAAUUAUAAAUGUACGAGGCAUCGUCAUUAGCGAGAUCAAUUAGAUAUCGACGACGCGCUGACACGCGUAGAGGCAAUUAGGAAGAUCGAUCGUGGUACGGACAGGAUGCAACGAUCGAGGUUGACCGAUAACGAUUCGCAAAGACGAUGAAUACGACGUUUUUUCUUCUUCGAUCGUUUGUAAUCCUUGGGGAAAAGAAAAAACAAAAAAGAAAAAAAAAAAGAAAAGAAAAGAAACAACAACAGAAAGAAGAAAUUGAUGAAAAAUUCGAUCUGAAUAAAAUAUGCUUAUUAAAAAGGGAGAUUCAUUUAUUCGUUACAUAAUACAUUCUUUAACCUCCUAUUAUUUAUUACGAUCGACAAAAUUUCCUCGGAUUAUACUUCUCGCGGUAACUUUCGCGGUGAGUUUACGCUAAUAGUUACAAAAUAGUUUCGUUUAGCAUGUGCUUUUGUACGCACGUAUCCGUGUACAUAUUCAUGCACUUACAUAUGUGCGUACGAGGAAAGUAUUUCUCUUCGCGUGAAUGGAAUGCUGAAUUUGUGAAAUUCUCAUCGGUCGCGUACGUAAAUACAUGUACGCUCUUUAAAAUUCGAAUGUAUUUUUCGAAAAGAGCGCUCCUCGUGGCGCACAUUUUAUAUUCAUAAAAUUUCAACGUAUACGAAAAUUAGAGAUUGGGCGUUUGCGCACGAUCAGAUAUUAUUAAUAAUCACGCGAAUAAUUCUCAUAGAGAGAUCGAUAAUUACGACGAAAAUGCAAAAUAAAUGCGAACUCGAUGUUGAAACGACUCUGGGAUAUACGGCAUUGAGUUUAUACAAGAUAUUUUUGGCGAAUUUUAAUAGUCCGUUAGUUUGUAGUAACAGACGAAUGGCUUGAAACAGAUCGCUUUAGCGUCGUACCGCAGAUACGCCUUAGAAAAGAAGAACUUUCCGAUCGGCAUGGCCGUUCAGCGAAUAACAAAACAACUAACGAGAACCGAUCUAAUAAGAACUUGAUCGGCUAUUUAUAAUUUUCAAUCGACCGUUAAAUGGGUCUUAUAUUAUCGAACCAUCUUCGAUAUCGAGUCUAAUUAUCGAGAAUCUAAAAGAACCCUCUUACACGUUCCGAUCGUUGUCGCAAAUUUACGAGCAACGCGACGAAAUAAUCGAUCGAUUGCUCAACCUGCCACCAGCAAUAUCGAGCAGCCCGCAUGAGUUACGAAUGAAAAAGGAAAAUAGAGAAAAAAUAUAGAAAAAAAUGAUUUCCUGCUUCCUAGUUCGCGCUACGUUUAUCGAUGUUCUACGAGACACAACCAAGAAGAUUCGAGCAGAAGAUUCUUUAUUGCGCAUGUAUAUUUUUUCUUUUUUUCUUCCUUUUGUUUAUUUUGCGAGUUCAUUGGCACGUGGACAUAUGAUAGGUACAUACGUAGAGAGUAUUUCACUGCUGCAAAUGACCGACUAAAUGAUUAUUGCCAUGUAAACGCGGAAAGAAAGUGAACGUUUCGUGAUGUCGACCGUUCUGGGGAUCUUCACCGCUUGAGUGUCCGUCAUUAAAUAUAGAUUAUUAAUAAAAGUUACGAGGGCUGCUAAUUUAAAGCAUCGUGCUUUCGUAAAAGUUCCAAAUAAAGUAAACGUCGCAGGAGUAAGAGACGAAAGCUUUGACACAGCAUCGGGGAAGAAAGCGAACGUUGUUACAAUUAUCAAUAGGAUAUAAAAAAGAACUUUCUCAAAGAAAAUCCUUAUAUUUCAAAGUAUAACGACGACUUGUUGGUUUUUGAAAGCGAGCCAUAAAAAAUAAGUCAAAUCCAGUCUAAUUCGUUUCGAUACACCUUUUUCUAGCUUAUAGUUAUAAAACUUGAAUAAGUCGAAGGGUCUUAGUUUUAAAAAGAAAUAUUACCAUUUUUGGAGGAUUAUGUUGGACUGUUUCGAGCGGUUCCGAGAGAACCGAUAGGAGGUCUUAUACAUAAGCGAACGUUUAAUCGUACGUUUGGUCAACGAGUUAAACAGUAUCGAGAAUUACCAUCGAAAAUAUAUAUCGAUAGAGAAGAUGAUCGUCAAAAGUGUAUGGUAUUUCUCAUAUAGAAACUAAAGACGGUGAAAGGGAUAGCAUGACUUCCCACAACCCCGAAUCGGAAGAAAGUCAAAGGAUGCGACCGGUUCGGUCGUUUCUAAGCAUAUUGGAGGAAGUUAGACGUUUCCUAAGAUAGCUCUUCUCUCCUUUUAACGCGAGAGAUGAUGAUUCGUUUUAUCCCAGAAAAUAGCUAUUUCGAAAUUUUAAAGAAGGACCAAUCGGUUCUCGCUCAUCGCGCCUUUAAACGUAUCAUAGGUGUCCAGUACGAGACAAUUUAGUUCUGACUCUUCCUUCUAUUACAUCUGAUCUUCGUAGUUAAUUGCGCAAGCAACGGCGGACUUUCGGUAGGCAUAUUUUCUAAUACGAGAACUUGAACUUAACCCAAGCCUAAUCGACCUUACGGUAACUCAGUUCCUACGUUAGUGAAAGCGCAAUCUCUCGGCCGGCUAUUUUUCUUAUGGGAUGAGAUCAGAUUUUUGCGAUCGUUAUUUCCUGUCCUUUUCUUUUUAUUCUAUUUGUUUUUUUCUUUUUUUUCUUUUUUCUUUUUUUUUUCUUUUUUUACAUAACGACGACUCCGUAUUUCCUCCCCUCCAUUGAAAGAACGGAGGAAGGAUUUUUAAUUCUUUUUUCAUUCUUCUCACUUUCACACACGCGCGUUGUCUAUCUACAAUUCCCUUUGGCGGUCUAAGAAAACAAGAAACAAAAAACAAAAGAAAAAAAAAAAAAAACAGACACCUUUAAUUGAACGGAAGCAGGUGCUUAAGAGAGCGUGGUUACAUAAGAAUAAAAUAAUAAAUCCUCCAACGAAAAGGGACUCGCGUCGGUCGUGAGUCUCCUUCGCCUUGUUCCUUACCUCUACGAGGUGGGUAACGAGGACGUCUCGUCGUUGGAUCCCCUCCAAAGAAGAACUCAGGAUGUUGUAGCUUGGCUUGGAAGAGUUGGGAGUCCCGUAUAAUAAAACUCUCUUCCUCUAUUUGAUGCCCCUCCACCGUCUACUCGUCCACUUCUCUAUGUGUGUCUCUAUGCCUAGGGCAUCUAGGAGCCUAACCGGAGAAACGCAUUCGCUAUAAAAGCUUCGUAUGUCCGAAGGAAUUUGUCAGAAGAGUGACGAACCGUAACAAAAAAAAAAGCAGCGCCAAUACUCGCUGCUCCCUUUUAGUUCUUCGUCGCGAACGAGAGGACUCCUGGAAGUCGAAGAUGUGGCUCGCACUGAUAUUGCUUGGAUCCCUUUUCGUCGCCUCCACCAAUGGCGAUCCGAUCAGAACGAAGAAAGAGGCACCACCUAGUCCACAGUAUGGCCCGCCAGCUGCUUCUUAUGGAGUACCGAACGUAGGUCCUUUGGACUCGUACGGUGCUCCACCAGCACCAUCGUCGUCUUACGGUGCUCCAUCUGGACCAUCCUCUUCUUACGGUGCCCCGUCUGGGCCAUCAUCGUCCUAUGGCGCGCCAUCUUCCAGCUACGGAGCCCCAUCCUCCGGGCAUGCCUCUUUUGGGGGUGAUCACGGAUCCUUCGGAGGAGCCGAUCAUGGAUCGUUAGGCGGUGGAUCGUCCGACAGUGGUUACGGGGGUGAUCAUGGUUCGCUAGGCGGCGGCGGCGGUGAUGGCGGUUUCGGUGGAGACUUUGGAUCGUACGGAGGAGGACAUCACGGAGGUGGAGGAGGAGGCGGUGGUGAUUUUGGAUCGUACGGAGGAGGACAUCACGGGGCUGGAGGAGGCGGCGGUGGUGACUUCGGAUCGUACGGAGAUGGACAUCACGGUGGUGGAGGAGGCGGCGGUGGUGACUUCGGAUCGUACGGAGGAGGUGGACAUCACGGGGCUGGAGGAGGCGGCGGUGGUGACUUCGGAUCGUACGGAGGAGGAGGACAUCACGGGGCUGGAGGAGGCGGCGGUGGUGACUUCGGAUCGUACGGAGGAGGAGGACAUCACGGGGGCGGAGGAGGCGGCGGUGGUGACUUCGGAUCGUACGGAGGAGGAGGACAUCACGGGGGUGGAGGAGGCGGCGGCGGUGGUGAUUUUGGAUCUUACGGAGGAGGACAUCACGGAGGAGGUGGAGGAGGAGGAGGAGGAGGAUCCGCGCUUGGUCCCAUUUACGGUCCACCCUUGCAAUCCUACGGUCCUCCGGCGGCCUCCUACGGUCCACCUGGUCACGAUCAGCCGAAGGGAGUAUGGAAAAAGAAGCUCACGUGGAAGGCCGAAUGGAAGCAGAUAUGGAAAACGGAGUCGAAACUAACGUGGAAACAGGAAUGGAAAAAGGUUCAGGUACCAAUUUGGAAGGAAGUACAGGUGCCAGAAUGGAAGGAAAUUCAAGUGCCAGCUUGGAAGAAGGUACAAAAGCCAAUUUGGAAGGAGAUCCAAGUACCCAUUUGGAAGGAGAUUCAGGUACCAGCUUGGAAGAAAGUUUGGAAGCCUGUUUGGAAGGAGAUACAAGUACCAAUUUGGAAGGACGUUCAAGUGCCCGACUGGAAGAAGAUUUGGAUACCAGAAUGGAUAAAGAUCGGUAUUCCCGGGGAACAAUACGUCGGCAAGGAUCAACACGGUUGGCAAUAUACCAGUCACGAUCUCUGGAAGAAGAAACUCAUUUGGAAGCCGAUUUGGAAGAAAAUUUGGAGGACCGAGAAGAAGCAAGCUUGGGUUACGGAUAAGAAGCUCGAAUGGAAAGCCGAAUGGAAGCAAAUUUGGAAAACCGAAAAGAAACAAGUAUGGGUGACCGAUAAGAAACUUGUAUGGAAGGAAGAGUCCGUACAGGUUUGGUUACCUAAAAAACAACAGAUUUGGGUCACGCAAAAGAAGCAGGUGUGGAAGGACGAAUGGAAAAGCAAGUGGGUACCGGUUUGGAAGAACGUACAAGUACCGGCCUGGAAGAAGAUUUGGAAGCCCGUUUGGGAGAAAGUUUGGGUACAAAUAGAAUCUCAUCAUGACGGAGGCCACCAUGGUUACAAGUAAUACGAUAAUAUUAGCGUAGUCGUUAGGAUAUCAAAGUUAACUUCGUAGUUGACUUUCUUUCCAAAGUUCGUAGAAUGUGUUUCCAUUAUGGGUCGAUAAUUUCAGGCUCGACGAUAGUUCCCUGUUAGACGCGAUUAUGGAAUAACGAAUGGAAUAGAAAGUAUAGUGUUUCGUCGAAAUAAGAAGGACAGAGAGUAGUUUUGGCUCGUGAUAUUGCGACUUCAUUAUUCCGUAAAUGUCGAAUAAAUAUCAAGACUUGCCCCCCACCCUCCCUGUAAAUAAGGUGAUUAAAAGAUUGCAAGCGCAUCGAUAUUUUUGUACCUUUU